UCUCUCUCUCUCCCCCUCUCCCUCUCCCUCUCUCUCUCUCUGUGUCUCUCUCUCUUUCCCCUUCCAUCCCUCCCCGCCGCUCGGCGGCAGCCUGCCCUCCUUCCUUCCCCAGCCCGGGGGUAAAACCAGCCGAAAUAAGUCAGGCUGUCUUUAUUAGAGUAAAGUGGUUUAUUUUAUUAAAGAGCGAAAAUGUCGUCUUUUGCGAAAGAUUUCAGCAAAGCAAUGUCUCAAGCUGGCACUUCACAGUUUCAGGAAGUCAUUCGGCAAGAGCUGGAGUAUUCCAUGAAAGUAGAACUUGACAAGAUACUUGCUACUGCACCUUCAAAUGAGCUAGAGCACACUAAAAAGGACCUGGAAGGAUUUAAGAAGCUAUUUCAUAGAUUCCUACAAGAAAAGGGACCUUCUGUGGACUGGGGGAAGAUUCAGAGACCUCCAGAAGAUUCUAUCCAGCCCUAUGAGAAGAUAAAGGCCCGGGGGCUGCCCGAUAACAUCGCUUCUGUCUUGAACAAGCUGGUGGUGGUGAAGCUCAAUGGUGGCUUGGGCACAAGCAUGGGCUGUAAAGGCCCCAAAAGCCUUAUUGGGGUGCGGAACGAGAACACCUUCUUGGAUCUGACAGUUCAGCAGAUUGAGCAUUUAAACAAAUCCUACAACACUGACGUUCCUCUGGUUCUCAUGAAUUCCUUCAACACCGAUGACGACACUAAGAAAAUCCUGCAGAAAUACAGUCACAGCCGUGUGAAGAUAUAUACUUUUAAUCAAAGCAGGUAUCCCAGAAUUAACAAGGAAACCCUGCUGCCCAUAGCCAAGGACGUGUCUUACUCAGGAGAGAACACGGAGUGCUGGUACCCCCCGGGCCAUGGAGACAUCUAUGCCAGCUUCUACAACUCCGGUCUGCUGGACAACCUCAUCGCAGAGGGGAAGGAAUAUAUUUUUGUAUCCAAUAUCGAUAACUUGGGUGCCACCGUGGACCUUUACAUUCUUAACCACCUUAUGAACCCACCCAACGGCAAACGCUGUGAAUUUGUCAUGGAAGUCACCAACAAAACCAGGGCGGAUGUGAAGGGUGGCACGCUCACGCAGUACGAGAACAAGCUGAGGCUGGUGGAGAUCGCUCAGGUCCCGAAAGCGCAUGUGGAUGAGUUCAAGUCCGUGUCCAAAUUCAAAAUCUUCAACACCAACAACCUGUGGAUCGCUCUGUCCGCCAUCAAAAGGCUGCAAGAGAAAAACGCUAUUGACAUGGAGAUCAUCGUUAACCCAAAGACGUUGGAUGGAGGCUUGAAUGUUAUCCAGCUGGAGACGGCCGUUGGGGCCGCCAUCAAGAGUUUUGAGAACUCUCUGGGGAUAAACGUCCCUCGCAGCCGUUUCCUGCCCGUUAAGACCACGUCAGACCUCCUGCUGGUGAUGUCGAAUUUGUACAGCCUUAAUGCUGGGUCUCUAACCAUGAGCGAGAAGCGGGAAUUUCCAACAGUGCCUCUUGUCAAACUGGGAAGUUCUUUCACAAAGGUUCAAGAUUACCUGCGGAGGUUUGAAAGUAUUCCAGACAUGCUGGAGCUGGAUCAUCUCACGGUUUCCGGCGAUGUUACAUUUGGGAAGAACGUUUCAUUAAAGGGAACGGUGAUCAUCAUCGCCAACCACGGGGACAGGAUCGACAUCCCGGCGGGGGCGCUACUAGAGAACAAAAUCGUGUCUGGCAACCUGCGCAUCCUGGACCACUGAGCUGGCGCCGGGGGCGGCCUCGGGCCGGAGGAAGAACCUUUUAAGCGUUAGAAUCCUAAGUACACAGAGGGCCUAUGCUUCGUCACCUUCACAGUACCCUGCAGUAUUAAUUUAAAAUUAAUUUCUCUGGCUUAUCUUUUUAAGCAGACAACACGUAACGCCAAUGGAUGUGCGUAAGUAACGCUUCAGUCCUUAAAGAGAUUCCGUAACUCAGUUCAUACAACCUUGAAGUGCAAUACUGUCCCUCUCGAGGUCAGAGGGACAGAUCUCCUUUGCUGAGAGGUGGAGAGCUCGCCUCUGGCGUUCCGGUAGUUUGGAACGGCUCGUACCUGCAGACCCCAAGCUGGGCAGCAGAACGGGAGGGACACCGCCGGCGGCCACUCGGGUGGCUUUUCAUGAAGGCACCGUUGAAAAAAACCCAAAGUUCCACCACCGCACAACGGGCUGUUAAACCCCCUCUAUCCCACAUGCUCACGACUCUCCCAGGCUCCAGCCCUCUGCCUCCCCUUCCCACCCCUCCCAAACCUGCAGUGGGAUGUCCCACCCCACCCCACCCCUAGGCUGAGGUGUCCCACCUCCAGCUCUGUCUUGGGGGAACAGGAACCCGCUGCUCUUCCAAACUCGCCCAAAGAAAUCUAAUACUUGAGAAAAAAAUGCCUCAGUAUCCACGUGUGGUGUUUGCUUUUUCACAUCCCAUUGAAGACUGGAUCUCCUGGUAGUAUCUUAAUCCUUCAUCUGCCCUCUUUUUUUUUUUUUUUUUUUUCUCCAAUAAAUGGAUCAUGUUGACUACACCCACGUCCAUAUUGUCACAGCCAUGUAUGUUAAUUUAUCUUCUCUUGAGUCAUUUCUAAAUUUGUACAGGAAUGGAAACCCCCUGUUCCCCAUCGCUCUUGACUUCUUAAUGUUUCUCUUGUAUUUACAUGCAGAUGACUUUAUUUUAUAAGCUUAGUAUAACACUGGUAUGUAUCAUUAAAAGAAGUUGGUCUUUAAAAACAA